GACGCAUCCGCAGCUCCCGACCAGCAUUCGGCUAGCAUUCGGCUAGCAUUCGGCUAGCAUUCGACCAGCAACCGAUCAGCACCAGGACAGCAGCCGGCUAGCUCCCAGCAGCCGCCAUGGGCCUGGACAAGAGGACCAUCAAGAUCAUAGCGAUCGUUGUAGCCGUGCUCAUCGUGUUAGGCGGCAUUACUGGGCUACUGCUAGCCCUAUUCCUGCCCUAUCGAUAUGUCGUGUUGGAGGUGUGGCCGCAGUCGAGCGAGUACAACUAUGAGCAGCCGCUGAUCCACUUCCGCGCCAGCGACCCCGGCAGCUGGCACGUCUGGUACAAGCGUAUCAGCGACUUCCUUCUCGCGUAUGAGACCACCGUGCCGGAUGACCCGCCACGCGCGCCCUGCUCCAUCCACCGCCACGACCAGCGGAUGCCGGCGCCCAACUGCGAGCGCGCGCUCAACAUGUGGGCGCCCUGCAAUGCCGACAACUUCUACGGCUUUGGCCUCGGCAAGCCCUGCGUCUUUCUUAGACUGAACAACAUCCACUACUGGGUCCCGGAGCCGUACAACGUGUCGGUGCCCAUGGCGAUCCCGCAGGACAUGCCCAACUACCUUAAGAUGGCCAUGCAACAAUACCCCGCGCACCGCUACGGCGACUACGUGUGGGUGUCCUGCAACGGCGAGUUCAGCUCGGACGAGGAGAACAUCGGGCCCAUCCAGUACAUCCCGGGCGCGCUGCCCCCCGGCUUCCCCACCAACCGCCUGCACACCGCCGACCGCAUCCCCCGCAACACCCGCCACCUCCCCGACCUCACCCCCGCGCCGCUGCUGGCUGUGUUCUUCGAGAAUCCGCGCCGUGGUGUGGUGAUCAACGUGGAAUGUCGCAUCUGGACGCGCGACAUCGUGUACGACAAGUCGAGCCGCGUCGGCCGCGCGCGCUUCGAACUCUACGUCGAGUAGAACCUUCUGGAAGACUCCAGUAGAUCAUAAGGGCCGUUGUCAUUUAGAUCCUAUUUCUAUGGCAAUAAAGUCUAAAGUUAUGUUGUACGGGUUAGGUCUGUACCCGACUGUACCCGUGAACUGUGAAGAUACAUUCAUCUGUGCCUACACAAAGUAGUUGCCUGCUUGAACAGGGAGGUCAAUGUUGUGGUCGUGCGCGCAUGUUCGCUUGUUGUUGUUGGUGUGUAGGAGCCGCUGAAUGCUGAAUACUGAGUGAAUGUAAAUAUUAUGUUUAGAAAUUGAAUAUUUUUUUGGUACUGAAGCCAACUGAGAUUACAUUAUGCUAUUUGUUAUUUUUUUCUAUAAUGGCAUAAUAAUAUGGCGUGAGG